AAAAAUUAUAAAUGAAGAUAUUAAUAACGUGUACUUCAGUGAGUUUAUAUUAUGCUUAUAUAUUUAUAUGAUUUAAUAAUUUAAAACAGAUAUUUCUCGCAAAAUAUACACAAGUACGUAUAAACAACAAUAAUCAGCAUGUUAAUAUUUAUAAACGAAAUACAUACAAAAUUAAGAUAUUGCGUUGUCUAAAUAUAUUUCGAUGUCGUUGAAGUUUAAGCACUUGUUAUCUGUUUUAUUGCAGUUAGAUAAACACACAACUCAAUAUUAUCGAUAAUUUUCUUGCUCGUGUUUAAAUUUCUCGACCAUCAGGUGGCGGAUAUGUAUGGAAUCGUAAUACAGCUGUGCGGGACGUCAUCGAAACGUCAAAACAACAAUUCACAAAGUAAAACACAUUUGUUGACAUAUUUUGUGGUGUAAAACGAAGGAAAGAAGACGUGCCAGUCAUGACAAUUCAUAAUUUGUACAUUUUUUCGAAAACUGGAACGUUGCUGUAUUAUGCCGAAUGGAACAGAUUAAAUAAAUCGGGGAUAACAAAAGAGGAGGAAGCAAAAUUAAUGUAUGGAAUGUUGUUUUCUAUAAAAUCAUUCGUAAGUAAAAUUUCACCAUUGGAUCCUAAGGAAGGGUUUCUGUAUUACAAAACAAGCAAAUAUACGCUUCACUACUUUGAAACACCAUCAGGUUUAAAGUUUGUCUUGAACACUGAUAAUGCAAGUCAGAAUGCUAGAGAAUUAUUGCAACAAUUGUACAGAGAAGUUUACUUGGAAUAUGUAAUAAAAAAUCCACUCUGCCAAUUAAAUGAACCUAUACAAAGUGAAUUGUUUAAAAUAAAAGUAGAUGAACUAUUAAAAAAAUCUCCUCUAUUUUUAAGUCGAUCAUUGUAA